AUGUUGCGGCGUGUCACCCCCUUCACACUGUGUGCUUCAGGCUUCACUGCCUGCCGUUGGGCCGGACGAGUGCGUCAUGGUGCGACGAUUUGUUCAGCUGUCAGUGAUGCAACCGCUGGGAAGCAAAAAAGCGCUUGUGUCACCGACGUGGAGGAAAUACCCACACUUUCUUUCCUUUCGUCAAAGUCCAUAUUGUCGGAGACAGUUGAUCGAACCAUUGAGGUGUGUGACGCACUUCUAAACGAAAUUCCAAAGGCCAAGAGCAUAAAAGAAAAACACGACCUUAUUGACUCAACUAGUAACGUUCUAUGUCUUCUUCUUGACCCCUGUGAGUUUGUGCGCCAGGUUCACCCUGAUGCGGAGUACAAGCAGCAUGCCUCGUACGCAUUUCAAAAGGGAUAUGAGUACAUGAGUAAAGUCAACUCCCGAAGGGAUUUGUACGAUGUUGUCCUUCAGCUUGACAGCACUGAGGGACACAAGGAACUCAGUAGUGAAGAAAUUAAAAACGUGGCCCAACUUAGGCGGGACAUGGAAAGUAACGGCAUCCAUCUCCCCGACAAACUACGUGAGAAGGUAACUGAAAUGAACAUUGAAAAGGAGGAACUCGCCAUGCGCUUCCUGACGGAGCAGGGUUCGAAGAAUCCCUUUGCAACACUCCGUUAUCUUCUUCAGUGCCGUUACGAACUCUCGCAACUGCUGGGGUUUGAGAGCUUCGCAGAACAACAACUUCGAGGGACAAUGCUGGAAAAUCAGCAGCGUGUUUGGCAUUUCUUGUGUGGAAUUGCCCAUAAGUACCGGAGAGAGGCCGAGAAGGAGAUGGAUAUCAUACGGAGCAACGUUGGAGAAGUACGUAAUCGACAAAACAUUACAGACGAUGUCCGAGCUCGAGUGGCUCAUUCACUAAGACGUGAUGCGGAGCCGGAAACAGCGGCUGAGUAUUUCUCCGUUGCAAACUGCAUACGCGGUAUUCAGUGCCUCUGUUUGGAGGUUUUUGGCGUGCGGUUGGAGGAAGUGCAGUUCGACAAAGAUGAGAUCUUCAACAACGACGCCAAAAAGUAUCACGUGUAUGACGAGAAUAAGGCGUUUCUUGGAGUUAUCGUACUCGAUUUGUACGCGAGUGAAAUGAAAUAUUGCCAAGCUGGCCACCUUACGUUGCAGCUUGGUUGUAUACCCCACCAAGAGGCCUUGGCAAAGGUGGGGCUAAAGUUACCGAAACGCCAGUAUCCCGUUGUUGUUUUAACGUGCAAUGUUGGAGCCUGCUCGCCCGUGCAGCGACUCCCUAAUGGUAGGUUUGACGAUGAGUCUACGCUUAUGCACCCCAAUGAAGUGACAACAGUUUUUCACGAGUUUGGUCAUGCGAUGCACACCAUUUUUGGCCAGACGAAGGUACAGAACCUCGCUGGAACACGUGCUAGUAUCGAUUUUGUAGAGACAUUCUCGCAGCUCUUUGAGCAAUUCCUCACCUCCCAUGAGUUUCUGCAGUUGUGGGCACACCGUAUCAGCACGCGGGAACCCAUCUCAUUUGACAUGGUCAUGAAACGGAACGCAGCUGCUGACAUGUUCAAGCACCUUGACAUGAUGGAUCAAGUAGUUCUUUCGGCGGUAGAUCAGACCCUUCAUGGUCCUCAGCCAUACACUGUGUACUUUCCUCGUGGAGACCAGGGGAACCUUGGGAAACGUACACUUGGAGAUAUCGGCGACUACGGACGCGGUACGUACAACUUAGCAAAGGUCCUUAUCGACAUAUGUACUCCUCUUUCUAUUGUGACACCGACGGAAACAGGCGUUUUGGGUACUCUUUCGUUUGAACACCUCUCCGGUUACCCAGCAGGUUACUACGGUUACCUUUACAGUCUUUCCAUUGCUCGUCGCAUAUGGGCGAAGAAGUUUAUGAAGGACCCGCUUAACCGUGACGCAGGGAGGGAGCUGGUGCAAAAAGUAAUGCGCCACGGGGCUGCAUGUAACCCUGUUGAUGUCAUUGAGAACUAUCUGGAGGACAAACUCGAUGAAAUCGACAUAUGGGUGUGA